UGCCCCAUCAUUGGUGUCAGUGGAGGAAUAGUGCCCAUCAUUGGUGUCAGUGGGGGGAGGAAUAGUGCCCCAUCGUUGGUGUCAGUGGGGGGGAGGAAUAGUGCCCCAUCUUUGGUGUUAGGGGGGGGAGGAAUAGUGCCCCAUCGUUGGUGUCAGUGGGGGGAGGAAUAGUGCCCCAUCAUUGGUGUCAGUGGAGGAAUAGUGCCCCAUCAUUGGUGUCAGUGGGGAAUAAUCCCCCAUCAUUAGUAUCAGUG